AGUUGGCAUUGCAGGCAGGAAAAUUCGCUCAGCUGCUAAAGCCCACAAUUUGGCUCAGUAUACACAACGUACCCAAACAGUAAACAACAUUUUGAUAGCACUCUCUUCAAAAAUAGAUUAUUGUUAAACAUUAAAUGAAUAUAUUUAUAUCUUUGCGGGGAAGUGUACAAAAGUAGACAUGAAAUUACGCAGCGGCCGGGAAAUCAACAAGGGGCCGAGUCAUGGUUCUGGCAACGCUGCUGAUGAUGGCAACGCUGGCGGCAGUGGCAACGCUGCCGUCAAUGACGAUGGCCCCAGCUGCUCGAAUUUUGGUGUCAAUGGCCAAGUGAUCAAAAGACGUCCAGUUCGUCGCAUCACUCACAUUGGCCCACAGCAAAUGGCCCUGAUAACCGAGCGUCUGCUGAAUGGCGUGCCAGCUGAUGGCCUGUCAGCUGCCGAGAGCCUGGAACAGGAACAGUAUUCAAAUCUGAGUUCGAAUCCAAAUGCGGAUGUGGAAAUGGGCAUUGUUCAGCUGUUGCCAAACCAGGUGGCCCGAAGGACCAGAAAGAAGGCUAGGAUUAUAACUAACAGAAAUGCUGCUGCCGGCCAGCCAGUUGACAGCGUGGCUGAGGUACGGAGUGAGUCCGGUAGCCACCCGGCCGAGAUCGUCCAGCCAGCGGCAGCAGCAGCAGCAGAUGCAGCGGCGGGGACUGUUACUGUUGCUGUGCCCAAGAAGAAACGUGGAGCACGUCGCAAUCAGAAACCGAAGCGUUUGCCCACCACAAGGCAGAGCAUGCGCUUCAUUAAGCACUUUUUGGCCCAGUGCGAAAAGAAUCCGACUUGCAAUCGCCAGCACCUGGCCGAGAUUGUUGAUAUUGUAAUCCGUUGGCCCCCAAUCAAGGCCCCAGCUCAGCCGGAUAAUGCUGCGAAUGCGCCGGUGGAUGACGAUGAUGAAAAUUCGGAUGUUGUGACAGAUCCACCGACUCCACCCAACACUCCGUCCGACUCUCAAGAUUCAUAGCUGCAAAAUUAUAAAGUUCUAUAUAUAUAUAUAUAUAUAUAUAUAUAUAUAUUGUGUAUAUAUGUAUAAUACCCCCCACCGUUAAUUAGUUUUCAAUUUGUUUGGGAGUUACAAUUUCAAAUGGCGCGUGAAUGCGAGGAUCAAGCUGAAUUACAGCGGCUCAAAAUUUUGUUGAUUCCCAUUUUUUUUUGGAUGUUUGCGUACAAAUUUUGCUUUCUCCAAUAAUUGCUUGUGCGUGUGUUUUGUCACAAGUCAAGCGGAAACGGUUUCCAAUAAAUAGUGUGUGAAUAAGAGUCAA